GAGCAGAGAAGGAGAGACGCGCCCAGCCCGAGACCCGAGACCCUCGCCCGCCUCGCCUCAGCAGCCAUGAGGGUCCCCGCCGCGACCCUCCUCUUCCUCCUGGCGCUCCCGCCGCUGCCCUGCGCUUGGGCCGCCGCCCUGCAGGGGAAGGGCCCCGUAGUCGUCAACUUCCCCGGGGACGCGGUCAGCCGCCUGACGGAGCGGCAGUUGGCCACCCUCUACCUCCAGCGUUACGGGUACCUGACGGGGAUCCCCCCCGGGGGGCAGGUGAAGCUGGAGACCCCCCUCAGGGCCAUGCAGAAGCAGCUGGGCUUGCCGGAAACAGGGGAGCUGGACGCCUCCACCAUGGCGGCCGUGCGGGCGCCCCGCUGCGGAGUCCCGGACGUGGGUCGCUUCCAGACCUUCCCGGGCGACCUCAAGUGGGACCACACGGACCUCACCUACCGGGUGGUCAACUAUUCCCCUGACCUGGACGGCUCCAUCAUCGAGGACGCCUUCACCAGANAUUUAGAACAUGUUAUAAAGAUGUAA